CUGCGUGCUCGUGCUCGCGCUCGUUCUCGUUCCCGGUCCCGGUUACGAGAGUUCCGCGGCGUCCGCGCGCUCAUCUCAGCCAGGUCCCCGCCCCUAGCACGCCUGGCUCCCGGGGUACCACAGCCAUGUGCUCGUUAGCGUCGGGCGCUACCGGCGGCCGGGGCGCUGUGGAGGAUGAGGAGGACCUGCCAGAUCUGUCAGACAGCGGGGACGAGGUCGCCUGGGAGGAUGAGGACGAUGCUGAGCCCUUCCACGACAAACAGCAGACCCCCUGCCUGUUCUGUGACAGGUUAUUUACCUCUGCUGAAGAAACUUUUUCACACUGUAAGUCUGAGCAUCAAUUUAAUAUUGAUACCAUGGUCCAUAAACAUGGACUUGAAUUUUAUGGAUACAUUAAACUGAUAAAUUUUAUUAGACUUAAGAAUCCUACAGUUGAGUAUAUGAAUUCCAUAUACAACCCAGUGCCUUGGGAAAAAGAAGAGUAUUUGAAGCCAGUAUUAGAAGAUGAUCUUUUACUUCAGUUUGAUGUUGAAGAUCUUUAUGAACCAGUGUCAGUCCCCUUCUCAUUCCCCAAUGGACUCAGUGAAAAUACCUCUGUUGUUGAAAAACUGAAACACAUGGAAUCCAGGGCACUGUCUGCUGAAGCUGCGUUAGCUAGAGCGCGUGAAGAUCUGCAAAGAAUGAAACAAUUUGCUCAGGAUUUUGUGAUGAACGCAGAUGUCAGAACCUGGUCAGCAUCUUCUACUGCCAUUGCAGACCUCCAGGAGGAUGAGGAUGGUGUUUAUUUCAGCUCAUACGGGCAUUAUGGGAUACAUGAAGAAAUGCUAAAGGACAAAAUACGAACAGAAAGUUACCGGGAUUUUGUAUACCAAAAUCCGCAUAUCUUCAAAGACAAGGUAGUUUUGGACGUUGGUUGUGGAACCGGCAUUCUCUCUAUGUUUGCUGCUAAAGCUGGGGCAAAGAAGGUUCUUGGAGUUGAUCAAUCUGAAAUCCUUUACCAGGCAAUGGAUAUCAUAAGGCUAAAUAAACUUGAAGAUACUAUCAUACUAAUUAAAGGAAAGAUUGAAGAAGUUCGUCUUCCUGUAGAAAAAGUGGAUGUUAUUAUAUCUGAGUGGAUGGGCUAUUUUCUUCUUUUUGAGUCUAUGUUAGAUUCUGUUCUUUAUGCAAAGAACAAAUACUUGGCAAAAGGAGGAUCAGUCUACCCUGAUAUUUGCACUAUCAGCCUUGUGGCAGUAAGUGAUGUGAAUAAACAUGCUGAUAGAAUUGCCUUUUGGGAUGAUGUUUAUGGCUUCAACAUGUCCUGCAUGAAGAAAGCAGUUAUUCCAGAAGCUGUUGUGGAAGUUUUAGAUCCAAAGACUCUUAUUUCAGACCCUUGUAGUAUUAAGCAUAUAGAUUGCCAUACAAUAUCUAUCUCAGAUUUGGAGUUUUCUUCAGAUUUUACUCUGAAAAUCACAAAGACAUCCUUGUGCACGGCAGUUGCUGGCUACUUUGAUAUAUACUUUGAGAAGAAUUGCCACAACAGGGUGAUGUUCUCUACGGGCCCCCAGAGUACCAAAACACACUGGAAACAAACAAUAUUUCUUUUGGAAAAGCCAUUUUCAGUUAAAGCAGGUGAAUCCUUGAAAGGAAAGAUCACAGUCCACAAGAAUAAGAAAGAUCCACGUUCUCUGAUUGUGGCCCUCACAUUGAAUAAUUCGACUCAAACUUACGGUCUCCAGUGACAAAGCCCCUUGCAGUUUUUAUUGUGGGGGUGAACUGGGUAGUGGGUAGAGGCGGAGGGGUUUUAUGUGAGCACAUGGAUGAUGCAUCCUUUCCUCAUGAGUCUCCUCAGUAUAAUUGUGGUAGGAAUCCAGUGUAAUUCAGCUGCAGAAGGGAAUUCACUGAUCCUGGCGGUCCACCUACAUAAUUGCAUUAUUGGGAGUCUGGUCCGUGCGAUUUAACCAAAUGUAACCCCUGCAUUAAGUUUAGCUAUAUUGAAACUCAUUUCAAUUGUCCUAAAUUUGGAGCAAAGAUAGUCUUUUCUUGUUUUUAAAGUUUCCUGCUGUAAAUUUUAAACACUAGUUAUUUCUUAGUUAUUUGGAUAAUGUUUUAUUAAACUAGUAAUUAUACACAAGUUGUUACAUAUUUUACUGCAGAUUUCCUCUCUAAGGAGUAGUUUUUAAUUGUAUUAUUUGUUAGAUUAUCAGGAUAUAAUAGAUUAAAUACCAAGUGUAAGGGACUAAAAUAUGGAAAAGCACAUCACACAAAUCAUAUUUGAAGACAAUUUAGUUGAUUGUAAUUCUGUAGUUCUCAUUUUGUAGCUUCUUCCCUCUUUGCAAAUAUUCUUUAGCCAUUUAUUUGUCUAGUAUUGAGAAGGAAAUCUAAUUUCAAUAUGUUUUUUCUGGGUUUCAUAAAAGUUUUUAAAGAUUGAGGUAAAUAUGUGCUUCUUUACUAAUAUAAUACCUUCUUCAAACUAGAUUUAUGUGCAGUUAAAUGUGUAACUGUUAAUAUAUUACUCUUUACAAUUGCGUCAUUUACAGUGGACUCAGUUCGAAAUGCAGAAUAGAAAACAUUUAAUAAAAUGUAUACAGUAACCAUUAGCAUUAUAAAAUGACAAUUCAAAAUAUUAAGGCCUUUUAUAAAAUCAGAAAUAUUUAAAACAAGUCUUUUUAAAAAUGUUUUAUUAAAGUGUAGUCGAUAUACAAUAUUAUACUAGUUUCAGGUGUACAAUAUAGUGAUAUAACAUUUAUUAUAUACCUUACAAUAUGAUCCCCACAGUAAGUCUGGUAGACAUCUGUCACCAUAAAAUGUUAUAUAAUUGACUCUAUUCCCUGUGCUGUCUGGUACACUUCUGUGGCGUAUCUAUUUUAUAACUGGGAGUUUGUGCCUCUUAUUCUCCUUCACCAUUUUCACUCAUUCUUUCCA